AUGACUGAACACACAGUUCGUGAUUGUCUGUCCUGUCAGAUGAAUACCAUUGAGCACGCCAAGGAACCACUUCGAAUGACGGAGCUUCUACAACACCCUUGGACAGAGGUUAGCGUAGACUUUGCCGACCUUCCUAGCGGUGAUCACAUGUUGGUAGUCAUUGAUGAUUACUCGCGUUUUGUGGAAGUAGAGAUUGUUUCCUCUACUGCAGCAAGUCAGGUCAUUCUGAAACUUGACCGAAUCUUCUCAAGCUUUGGAGUUCCUACUGUGGUCCGUACCGAUAACGGCCCACCCUUCAAUGGUGCGGAAUUCAAUCAGUUUGCCAACUACUGGGAUUCAGGCAUAGGAAGGUUACACCGCAUUGGCCUCAAGCGAACGGUGAGGUUGAAAGGUUCAUGA